AUGGGCUUCAACAUCCUUCUGCCCAUCAGGGUCCUCCAGGCAACCUUCUCAAUAAUCAUAAUAGGUCUCUCGGGCUUCGUCGCACACUGGUAUAACGCAAACACAACCUACCUUCCCCCCUCGCAAAUCAGCUUCCUCCUAUUCUGCGGCGUCUACUCGCUCCUCUCCAUCCUGUACCUCGGCCUCAUCAGCAAACUCUUCCCCAAAACCUCCAAUCCCUACGCCGUCCUCUCGCUCGAGAUCACCAACUUGCUGUUCUGGUUCGCCGGCUUCGUCUCCCUCUCCACUUUCCUGUCCAAGCUCCUUUUCUGUAGAGGAAGCGUAUGCGGCGCCGCCCGCGCCGACGUCGGCAUGGCCGCGUGCCUAUCCGUCAGCUGGACCGUCACCAUGGCCCUGCUGGCCCGGGAUGCCAUCAGGUCGGGGGGCUUCGAGGGGUUCCGGGGGGAACAUCGGUUUCCUGAGGCACAGGCGAAGUGGCAGCGGAAGUCGGUCGGCUUCGAUGGGGGAAACGGUGGGCAUGUCGGCCAAACAUCCUAUGCCCCUUCCGACGGCCAUGAUGAUGAAGAAGGAGGGUGGGUAUUCCCAGGUGUCGCUGGCUUGAAGGGGCUGGUUGUUGUGGCUAGGCUGCAUGAGCACGAGAAGGAAAAGAAGCGGAUGAAGAUAAGAGGUUAUAGAAUUACACCGUCGAUGGAAGUGGUGAAGAAGAAGGUUGUGGGCGCUUGGGAUCGGAGGGGAAUGGAAGUAUCCUUCCUCCCCGUGUAA